UCCUCAUCAACUUCAACCUGAACAUACCUCUGAUCGUUAUCUUGCCCAACACCAAAUACUACCCACCGACAAUAUUCAUCUCCAUAUGGACCCAGAUGUGGUGUAGGACGUCGCAUGAUCACAGACUUUCCACAGUCCAAUGCGGCCUCGGACAGCGUGCUCAACAUGCCGACAGCGCCAGCGGCGCUGUGUCGUACCAGGUAAUGCUCAUAACACAGCCUGCGGAUUCUGCACCCGCAAUAAACAUGAAUGUUCUCUGGCAACAAGUGCAUCUUCACAGACCUCACCAUCUGUCGCGCGCACAAGCGAGCAGCAGCACGAGACCAAUACAAGUAUCGCAUCCUUGCCAUCGUCCAGUCAAUUAUCAAGCCCAGACCACCAUCCAUCAGUCUCCGCUCAAGAACAGAUACUUGCCCUACCCAGAUCUUCCGGUUUGAGAAUGCCACCAAAAGAAGCGUAUCCGGAAAUCGCUUCAAAUUAUUUCACUUACAUUCAUGAUCCCUCGCAUAAUAUCUUUCAUCGGCCGAGCUUCAUGGCCGAUUUAUCUGAUGAGACUAUUCCGCGACCUAUCCUUCUUUGCGUUAUAGCUUUGGCAGCAAGGUUUUCCAACCAUUCAUUCUUCAGUCACAGCUCUCCACGGUCUCGAGGUAGAGUUUAUGCUAGAGAAGCAGAGAGGCAAUUAGAGCUGCAUAAUUUCUCCCUCGUGACGCUCCAGAUAACAUUACUACUUGGCGCAUUUUACGGCACUGAGGGUGAUUCCAAGCACGAGAGUCUUUACUACUCUAUAGCCUGUCGGAUAGGUAGUCUGUUGAAUCUACCCAACUCCGCCUUUGACUCUCCACUAUCUCGAGAGCUUGGGAUUCGCAUCUGGUGGACCCUUGACAUCGUCGAUGUCUGGUCAUCCAACAGUCUCCAACUGCCUCGCCUUCUCAGCCCCAGAACAGAUAUUCCCUAUCCAACCAGCGAGCGAGCCUUCUUCCAAAUGCGUCGCUCCCACACCUACCUCCAAUACUCGCAUCCCGAGUCGCCAGACGAAAGCUCAACCUCGGUCCUCGUUCAGAAAAUCAGACUCAAUCCAAUCCUCUCUCAAAUCGCACAGCUGAACAGACAUCUAGCCGAGAACACAUUAUCCCUCCACGAAACUCACGCUGCUACCGAAGCUCUUGCUUUGAGACUGGAAGAGUGGCGUCAACAACUUCCGGAAUCAUUGACUAACACGCUGGAGAAUCUGUUUGCUCAAAGUGCGUCUGGUUCUGGAGGAGUUUUUGUAGCGCUUCAUAUAGGCUACUACCACUUCUCACAGCUGUUGUAUUUUUACUAUCUCCAUCAAUCUGUGUCCAGCUAUCCGGUUACCGAGUCAAAUGAAUUUGCUGGGCGGUGUCGUGAGAGCUCGACGGCCUUUUGUGAGCUACUUUUUGCGGCUCAAGCCCUUCCAGGUGCGGAAGUAUACGUACGUGGGUUGUGUUUCAAUCCUUUUCGAUCUGCGCCUGGAAAAAAUCUUCUCGUCAGUCAGUUUCAUCUCUAACAAGUCAAUUAUACAGUACUCAAUGGUCGGUCACGCCCUCGUAAUAUCCUCCACCGUCCAACUCCACAUCCUACUCUUCACCGACGACCCCUCAGAAUCCUACUCCGCGCGUCAACGCCUCGAAAAGAACUUCGUCAUCCUCAGCAAACUCCAAAGACUCUGGCGCACCAUCGAUCACUCUUUCGCGCGUCUGCGCGAGUUCCAUGACGCAUGCAUGCGGACUAAAGCCGACUCUGAGGAUCCAAGUACCACGUUUCGCAUGGAUAAGUGGAUGAUUCAGUUCUUGAUGGAGUAUUCGAAACCGUUGGAGCAGAGGGCAGACCUGGAGUAUCGAUCGCCAGAUAGUUCGGGGAGUCAGUUUUAUGAGUCGGAUACGGUGGUGAGGGGGUAUGAGUCUGAAUUUAGGCAGUGGACGUCGACGGAGCUGGGGAUUGAUUUUGAUGGCGCUUGGGAUUAAUGUGGUGACUUAGGGGAGGUAUUUUACGGUAACGAUUGGGUAUCAGUCUCUGGUUCUGUGGCAAACCCGCACAAAGAGCUGGAUAACUUGAGAAAAGUGUGGAGGAGAAUAUUCCCCAGGAUAGGUUUUAGUCUCGUAGUAAUGUACUCGAGCAGAGUCUACAAAGAAAACAUAAACAAUCAAGGUCCAGAUGUAAUAUUCUCACUAUAAUUCUGGGCCUGAGCUUUCAAUGACAAGCACAAUUCCCCACGACAGCCAUAUUACCAGAUACUGCAUAAUAUUAC